AUUAUUUGUUUAAAAAUGAAGCUACAGAGAAGAGUAAAAGAGUAGGCAGGAAGCAGUAGCUCAGCCCAUGAAGAAGACGAGAGGUUGUUCAGGAAGAAGAUGAUGGCGUCCUCAUUGUUACCCAUUUCUGCAACAGCUAUGGGGAGCUUCAGUAGUCCCCUCCCAAGACCCCAUUUCUCCCUUUCCUUCCGUCCUCUCUCCGAGUUGAAAGGGGAAUGCUCAACCUUCUUCACCAUCUCUACUACCGUCCCCGCUGUAAGUUCGAGGAGGAGACACUGCAGUUUCCGCUGCAACUCUCGACUCGCCGACCUCGCCCCCGCCACUUCCGCCGCCUACGGCGUCCUUCUUCUCGGCGGCGGUCUCUUUGCCUAUACAAGGUCAAGAAGCAAGGGCUCUUUGCUCGGCGGAUUUGCCGGAGCCGCUCUAAUGGCAACAGCUUAUGUUCUUAUUCAAGCACCAGAGACAAAAGAAAUAGGGGAUGCCCUUGGGUUUGGAUCUGCUUUCCUUUUCUCAUGCAUAUUUGGUAUACGAUUAGUUGCUACUCGCAAGGUAAUUCCUGCAGGCCCUCUGUUAGGUCUUUCAGUCUCUGCAUUGGCUGUGUUUAUCUCGGACUACCUUCAAAAUAGUCCCUGAAAAUGUUAUUGAAUUUAGCAAGCUUAAAAAUGUGACGAUCAUAUGUGCUUGCUGCUGCCUGAAAAGGAGUAUAUCAUUGUAAUCGAUCUUGAUUGUUGUAUUAGAGUUGAUGCUUUCCUAGUUUAUUGAUGAAAUGAACACAAUGGUGGUUUUCAGAAUC